GUGAAUCAAAUGCAACGAAUGGUGAACCAAAUCGGCACAUCUCAAGACUCUGAUAAUCUUAGAUCCAAUUUACAUGAGGUCCAGCACUACACCAACCAAUUGGCGAAAGACACGAACAAUAACCUCAAAGAGUUGGCACAACUGCCACAACCAACUAAUGUCUCGGAACAGAAACAGAGACGAAUGCUGAGGGAGAGACUCACGAAUGACUUCUCGGAAGCGCUGAAGAACUUUCAGGUCAUUCAACGGACGGCCGCUUCCAAGGAGAAGGAGAGUGUGAUCAGAGCCCGGGCUAACUCUGGACUCAAUUCUAAUAAUGUUUGGGAUGACCACUCAUCCAGAGGACCAUCCAAUCUGAUUGAUUUACAGAGUCCGCAAUCGCAGACACAGAUUCAGAUGGAAGAGGAGUGCGAUUUAGAGCUGUUGCGGGACAGGGAACAGGCGAUCCGCAAGAUUGAGUCGGAUAUCGUGGAAGUGAAUCAGAUAUUCAAAGACUUGGCGACAAUGGUUCACGAACAGGGAGAGGUGAUCGACAGCAUCGAGGCCAACGUGGAGACCGCGUCCAUACAGGUGCACGAGGGGACGGCACAACUGUCCAAAGCACGUGAUUAUCAGGUCUGA